CAAAGAAGAUGAUUAGCAAUAAUCAACACACAGAGUCAACAUUUGAAAGUGUACUAAAAGAGUUCCACGAGGAAUUGCCAGAAGAGAUAAUGACAGAAUACAGGGGUUAUAUGAAGAAGUUGUCAAUAGAUAAACUGAGUCAGCUUGUAGAAAUUCUUCACGAGUAUAUUCUGUUAGUUGUUGCUGUCAGACAAAACCCGGAGGACGAGGAUUUUAUUGAUACAACCAAUCACAAACUUGGAGAAUGGCUACCUGGAUAUGUAGACAGCAUGGACAAUCCUCUGUUAGAUUUAGCAGUACUAGCAGACUUCCCAAAGGACAUUCUAUAUAAAUACAGUGUUCAUACAUGGGUGUGUACAUACGUUAUGUUGAGAGAAAAACAGACUGGAAACUAUAGAAGAUAUUGAGAGAUAUUCUCAUUGUAAAUGUGGGGACUGACAAAAACAUACAAAACCAAAUUUUUAAAUCUGUGAUGGGUGUAAGAAAUAUUUUGAAGGAAAAAAGCAGACAGUCAUAAUACAUACGCUAGGUUCCUUUGUUUUUGCGUGUUGCACACAAUAUCUAUGGCCUUAUAAUAGUUGUGAUAAACUGUACAGUAGAAGGAAGUAUUUUCAUUGUCAUAUUAUUACUAGGCUUGCACAAUCUUGUAUAGGUAUAAAAAUGUGAAGUUUGCGAGCAUGAGUAAUAUGGAGACUGUGAUGGUCAUAAAAACAAUGAAACACAAGUGAUAAUAAUAAAAUGGUGUGAUAUUUUUGUUGAAUUGAGUUAUAAUUAUAUCAUGUAUUAUUGUGUUUAUUUUUGAUUUGUUACUGAUACUUGACACUACAUCAAAUAUUUAAUGUUGCUGUUUAUUAUAUCGAACUGUUUUGGAUUGGUGUUCAUUUAUGUUUAAGUUUAGUACAGAAAAAAAUGUUAAUUUUCUUUUAUUAUGAUAGAAUUUGUUUGUUGAUUUUAUAUUAUAUGUUCUUGUGUAUUACAAAAAGAAAGUGUUAAUUGAAAUAUUGUUUUUGAUUGGCACUUGAUGAAAAAUGGCAUAAUACAUGCAUGUGUUGUAUUUUGUUUGGUAUUGUCAUAUAUGUAGAGAUUAAAUGCGUUGGUUCUUUUUUUGUAGUAUCAUGGCAUAAUAUUAAUGAAAUCAUUGGGGGCGAGAGUGGUAUGGGGAACAUGGUCAUUUGUGAAAUGUCAUAUAAUUUCUGCUCUAAAUGUUUACUUUUUGUAUGAUUAUGAGACCUGAGCUAGUUUAUUGAACAUUAUAUCUUAAUUGUCUGCCUGCUAAAGCACUUGCAUGAAAAGUAGUGAAAUUGUUUGAGUUUAUCCUUUGCUGGCAGAUCACUCUUUUUCAAGUGUUUUCUCUAAGCAGAUAUUUUAAUGGAUUCUGUUUGUUUAAAUAUAUGGUAUACCAAUCAUGAUUUUUCAAUAAGGAUAAUAUUUAUUGUCUUACAACUGUUAAUAAUAAAUGUAAAGAAAACUUUGUUACAACAUAAGUUUUAAAUUUAGAACAUUAAUUACUGAUAGCAAUUAAGGAUUGAUUUAGGCAUGUUAUAAUUGAUAUAUAGCUUAUAUUUAACAGGUAAAUUAAUGCUUAAAUACUGUUGAUCGACAUUUUCAAUAAACAAUCUAACAAAAAUU